AGUGUGGUGAGAGACGCUCAACGUUGUCUUUAUCAACUACCACUUUUGGAACAGAAUUGGUUAUCUUUUUAUUCAACUUUAACAGAGAUUGAAUAUAAAAAAGGCAAUUGGAGCCCUUCCCGCCUCUUCUUUCCUCUUCCCUCCUCUUCUUUCCUCUUCCCUCCUUCCUCGUUUUGGAUUGAUGACUAAAACGACCAAUUCAAGUUAUAUAAAGGAAUAGACAUCCGUAUAUUUCUCAGCCUUUUGGACAAGUGAGCUUUAUGGGAAGAGACAGAUCAAUCUACCCAGGUGAAUUGACUAGGUUAGACUUUACUCAUUUCGCGUCACCCUUCUUCUAAAUUUAUUUAAUUUUACCAUAGAGCCCUUUUCUUUUAUAAAACUUACCUGAAAACUCAUCAUCUAACAACAUCUACCUCUUUUAAAACUACCUUCUCGAAACCUAGGUGUCUGGAAAACUUAACUAGUUCAACAUGAAGCCAUCAUCUCGCCCUGUAAGAAAGGCUGCAAACAGAGUUACAAAGCCGAAAUCAAAAACAUCAACCAAAAAGAAGAAUACCACCAUUGCCAAGAAGAUCACUCCUGAGCCAGAGGCGGCCAAGUCUAUUGUAACGAAUCCGGUUGAUCGAAUUUAUAAGACUGUGAUUUUGGAAAGUAACGAUAUCGAAGAUGGGUUGUGGAUGAUGCGCAGACUUGGCAAUGGCAAAUAUGAAGCUGUGAAUCUCAAUGAUGCUGCAUUCGAAGACAUCUGCUCAGAAGAAAAUGAGGCAAGAAUGGCUUCCUCUCCGGAAAGCGUCGAGGUUUUCAAAGCGAGCCAGAAGUCGAUAAAAGAUGUUUCAUUAAAGCUGGAUAGAGCUAUCUUUACCGCGAGUGGAAAGGUCUUCCGAUUCAAGAAGCUCCCUAUAGAGCUGCGAUACAAAAUUUACGAGUAUGCACUAAUUUCAGAAACUGGUUUACGCCCCGGCUAUGCCUCCUGCAACAGUUUCAAAUUACCAGGUGUUGCCCUUGGCCUUCUUGCCUCCUGUCGCUCUAUCAAUGCAGAGUGCAUGCAGUUCUUGUGGAAGAACACUUUCGACCUCAAUGCCUGCAGCAUAAAGCGCCUCAGAGAGGUUAAGGAUAUUUUAAUCCAGAAUGCCCGUAAUUUCAAAUACGAAUGGUCUGGUAGUGGUUCUGGUCAAUCUAAGGAUAUGCUCAUUCUCGGAAUGCUUGCCUCUUGCGAACAUAUCGAUACUCUGCAUCUUGUAUUGUGGGGAUCUUGUGUAGAUGGUCGCCGCACAUGGUACAAUCGUAAGCCACAGCAUAUGUAUCAGAACGACCCCACCGUUCCUGCCGUCGUUCAAAAGUUCAGUAGAAGCAAUGGUUUCGAUAAACUCGUUAGUCUGCAUGACCUUAAAAAGGUCAUUGUUACGAAGCACUGGACUUUCACCGAUGCUAGUGGUUUGACCGACGUAGAGUUCAAAGCUUUCGAGAAAUUCUUGAAUGAUAAGCUUACAACGCCAGUAGCACCACCUCUGGUCGUUGCUCACUUACCUUCCGCUUCAACAAGAAAGUCUACCAGAAUCCUAAAGAAUGCCAGGCCACUCAAAUAUGUCCCGGAUCCAUUUAGCGAAGACGAGGAGGGGUUUUGGGAUGAGGAAGUGGAUGAAGAUGGUGAUGACGAUGGCCAUGACGAAGAGGAAUGAGAUCCACAAAAUCUGAAUCAUUUCCGGAUAUUGCGAUUCUCAGCUGCGUCUGUUCAUGCUUGAGGACUUGGGGCUAUGUUGUCUGAUACCGGGUUAUGAGACUUUGAUGCGCGGAUAUUGCGAGGGGUUUACACUUUAUGUUAUCUAAUACGGGGCUUAUGAAGAUUAUUUCUCGAAGAAGCCUACUAUUGGCGAGAAAUAAUGGUACAGUGACGUUGUGAGAACGUUACAACUUACCCAAGAAGUGAGAGUGGAUUUCAAUCGAGGAUAUCAACUUUCAUAUUCAGUGGUAGCGGCAAGCAAUAGCUUGCUGAAUAGCAAUAGCUCGCUGAAUAGCAACAGCGAAAGCAGUCUACUUAAUGUUAAUGGUCGGCUUAUAAGUCUCAAAGCACUUAAGAGUUGGCAACCAAUUGACGUUUUGAGUACCUCAUAUGAA